AUGUAUGUAAGCUAUAAAAAGAACGAUGGUACACAAGUUAAAGUUCCAUUAGACAACAACUGCUACUUAAACUUAUAUGGAGACGAACAAAAGAAAUAUUUCCGAGUUUAUGAAAUGACAGAUAUGACAUUGCCUGACCCAGCUCCAGCACCAUACUAUUAUGACUAUGGAGAUGACAACAGAACACCACAUGUAGAUGAACAAAAGCUAACAUUAUAUUUAGAUUUUUAUAGAUAUAAAAGAUAUAAUGCAAUAGAAAAAACGAGAAUAGUAUACUAUUAUGAAGAUGACAGAAAUAAAUAUUAUAGUCAAGAUUUUACCUACCCUGAAAACAUAAGAUUAUAUUAUAAAAAAUAUUCUGACACAAACCAGAAGAAACCUGAAAUAGUUGCACUAUAUUUUAAGUUCAAAAGAGACAAUCCUGUAAUGUCUCAUAUGUUUGAUUUAAUGAACCCAGUAGGUUCUAUUUAUACAUCUAUGGAAGCAAGAGGUCCUCAAGUAAUGUUUGGUGUUGGUGCAUGGGAACAAAUAGUCGACAGGUUUUUGUAUUGUGCAAACUCUUCAAAGGAAACAGGUGGAAGUAAAACGAUUUCAGGUGAAAAUUUACCUGCGCACAGUCACUACAUAGAUUUAAGUACAUCUCAAGCAGGUUGGCAUAAGCAUAGAUAUUGGGAUUGGUCAGGAAUGACAAAAGGUAAAGGAUAUGAUGUUAAAGACGACGUUAAGUUUGCUAUAAAUUGUUACUGGGAUGACACUCAGGGAGAAGGAAACCAUACACAUUUCGUUUCAGGAUAUACGCAAACAACGGGACAAAGUAAAGA